AUAUUCAAACUGCGUACUGUUUGUUAUUUCAAAAUUCGCUUUAAUACAAAGUUUAAAUAAAAUUAAAUCAAUUUUAUUUUUAUAUUUUGAUCAAUCAAAAUAAUGGAAAUAUUAAUGGUGUUAAAUAUUUUUUUGUUACUUUUUUCUAUUGCGAAUGCAAUUGAAGAAAUAAAUUGGAAUGAAGAGGACAGGGAAAUUUCUAUUGAAGCACCUCUUCAAAACUGCGGUCCAACAUAUUGCAAAGAGCCCUGUAAAAUGAUCCAUUGGUACGAUCGAAUUUAUCAUCAUAAAACUCACUUUGGCAUAAUUGUUAAAAGUGGUACCGACAUAACAAUAACGCUUUCAGCGAAUGUUGAUGAUUUAAUGUUCUUCUGUCUCUCCCAAUCACGAAAGGGAAAAUAUAUUGCAAUCAAACUCAAAGAGAAAAAAGGAAAAUCAAUCAAGACCAAUUUUGAUUGCGUUCCUAUGAUCUCCGAUUCAUACAACAGAAAGGUAACUGUGACAAUCAAGACUAAAUCUUGGAUCGAACUGCCUGUUUUCAAAUCUAAUGAUGUUACGAUUUCAAAAGAAGCGGAGUCUGCUUUUUACAAAGAUUUGCAACUAUACGGAUUUGUGGAAAACACUUAUACCCAAAUGUUGUUGUCAUCCGAAGAGAUUACGACCAUCAAGAAAGAAAACUACAGUCUGAACGAUGGACUAUUGAAUCAGAAGAAAGUCCUCAAGUAUUAUGAUUCCCUGUUUGGUGUUGGCACUGAAAGAGGUUUGUGUAACUCAAAAACAAUUCCCCCCGAGGAACAUACGAUUUUGUUUUUGAUGAACAUACGUCUGAAGAGAACAUGCAAACCAAGACACAGCAAUCAAUUAAUUCGAAUUGGAAACAUUUUAGAUUGGCUGCAACCCUCUGGCAAAUCAACUUGGAUGUUAUUGACUGAAUUUGGACACUACUAUCAAAUUGAUGACAAUCUUAUUGGUUUUGGAAAAGUUUCCGACGUCUGGAGCAUGAUGUUUGCUGUUCUCUUUCAACGAACCAACGGCGAAGAAAUAUAUUCGAUGACAACUUUAAAUUCGGAACAUGAAACUGUCGUGAAACGGUAUCAAAGUGGUGAUGUUAUUGACAAAUGGAGCAGUGAGGAAAAAUUGCACUUUUUUCUCAGUCUUUUUGAAUACGGUGGUGAUGAUAGAAUACUUGAAGAAUUCCACGAGAGUCAAGCUCGUGAAGUGGCUAAUUUCGAAGGUAAAGUAAACAUAAUUCCUAUUCUUUGCAACUUGUUCCUAGAAAUGCAUCGAGCAAACAUAGUCCCUUACUUGGAGAAGGUAAUCGAUUUUAAGAAUUAUGUGGAACCGUUAAUAAAUGCAGAUUUAGAACUGUUAUUACUGAUUGGACAUUCAGUGAUGCCUGCCUUGGAUUUUAAUUUAUCCUCUACUGAUUGGAGUAACAUGAUUGAGAAGCGAAGUUUUAAGCAAACCUCUGCUUUGACAUUGUUUUCCAAAGUCGAGGAGAAGCCUGUAGGGGUUAAAUUUAUUAUUUCUCCAUUCACUGAGCCAAUGAGAGGAAUUUCUUUGUAUUUGAAUAAUAAAGCUCACGCAAUUGGUACGGAAUCGUUUGCAUUAACCUUGCCAAGGGAUGUUUACUCUGUCUAUAUUGCAGAAAAGUCUUACAUCAGUGACGUGAAACAUAUAAUCGUAACCAAUGAUUCAACAAUUACCAUUCAUGUGAAAGAAAUAGAGGAUAAUGACAUAUCUUCCCCUCUGAUACAUUCCUCCAUUAAUGUUAAUGACGAUGGUGGCAAACCACUUCUAAAUGUUAUAAUAAACUACAAAGAUAAGACAAUUUCCUUAUUACAACUCUCUAAUAAUUUUCAAAACAAUAAAUUAAGUAUUCAAUUAAGAAGAGAUUCUAAGAAUAUUUUUUCUUAUGUUCUUAAUAAAAAACAUAGUAAAAUAGCCCGUAAUGAGACAUUUACAUUUAGAAUGAAUGACGGACUAUUUAUUCGCCAUAAUAAGCCGGAAAACGUGAUUAUCAAUGGAGAAAGUUUAUUAUAUCUAAAAACUGCGUGGCGUACUUUUGUCUUCACAGAAAAUGGGUUUCGGCACAUUGCUUAUUCUAAUGUCACCCUUUAUGGCAAAUUUAAUAUUACUGCUAAAGAUUCUGGUAACAAUGACUUUCUGGUAAUAGAUGUGGAUUAUAACACACGUAUUAUGUCUUUUAAACGGAUAAAGAAAGAUACGAAUACCUUCGCAAAAACACCUACAUAUUUUAUGGUAAAUUUGCGAAGAAACAAUAAAUAUCUCUAUGGAUUUUUGAUUUCCAACAUAGGAUCAAAAACACAAUUUUUAAGAAAUCAAAGAUUUGAAAUUAAUGACAAAUUAUAUUUAUUACAUCUAAAACCAAGUCGUUUAUUUAUUGGAGGAAUAAAUGUACGUCAAUUUCUAAUUGGUGAGCAAGUGAAUAAGCACAUUCUCUUAUUAACAAAACUGGGCCUAGUAGAUGCUGAUGAUAUAAAUAAGAAACUUUUAAAAAGAAACAUUAGACAAGUGGAGAGUUUCAAUAAUUUUCAUGAUCGUAGUUUACACGACAAUCAUCUCUACAAUUAUUACUUAAAUAAAUAUGUUUGUUCCCUAAGAAGUGAGAAUUACACUGAUGAUAUUCCGGAUGAUUGGAAAAAUAUUGGAACACAGCCACAAUAAAUAGAGUCUACGUCUAUAGAACAGAAUAUGACAAAAAAAUCUCAUUGCCUUGUUCACUGAAACAACAAUCAUCAAUAGCAGAAAGAACUGAAAUGAAAGCAAUCACCAUUAAUAAAGAAUUUACCAUCAUUAGAGAUAAGAAUACUUUUACCAUUCAUGUUCUCUCAUCCAAUAACAAAAGUAUCCAGAUCUAUAUUGUCAACAGUAAAAAAAAAAUAAAAAAAAAAAAAA